CAGCAACAACCCUUCAACAGGUACAUGGGUGAAUUAGCACCUUCUCUCUGAACUAAAUGUGAUAACUGUUGUUCUGCUGUUUUUAAUAAAGAAAAUGUCUAAGUAUGUUUUCCAUAAAUUCAGUUAACCUUCAUCUGUUUUGUCUUGGAUAGAGCACAUCAGUCAGCCAUCUACAAUCUACAGGACAAUAACCAGCCAUCUACAUUCUAGAGGACAUCAGUCAGCCAUCUACAAUCUAGAGGACAUCAGUCAGCCUUCUACAAUCUAGAAGACAUCAGUCAGCCAUCUACAAUCUCUCUAUGAGGGGAAUUGUCCUUCUCUUUCUGCUGUCUCUCUGGCCUGGAGGAAAGAUGGAUGCUAUCGAUCAACAGAUCUUGGCUAAUGUGGUACAAGAGAUGAGAAGCUUCGGCCUGGAGAACCGCCAGUAUGCCAUGGCUGUCUUACUCACCCAACAGCAGUGCACCCAAAAUGGAGCAGAGUUUGAAGUAGGCGUGCAACCUCCGGUUGUCAAGCAGAGACUACAGCAGUAUAGUGUCUACAUAGGAGACCGGCUCAUCGCAGCCAUACCUGACACCUACCAUGCUGAGUACAUUCUCUUGGAGCAUGAUGAAACCAACACCAGUGAAAUGCAGACUCUGUUAACAGCAGCAAAGCCUAAUGACUGCAUUGUCUUCUUCUCCAACUACUCUCCCUGCCUGGAGAGAUGCAACGUCCUUAAUGGAGCAACCAGCAUUCUGCCCUUCAUGACCGUCUUCAACGACACGGCCGACAUCCGGAAGGCCUUUGUCUUCUCCUCGGUUUGGGACCCUUCAAGGCACCAUCCAGAAGUGACCAAACCGACUAAGCAGCAGGUGUUUGAGUCCUUCCAGAGAAUAGAAAGUUCCCUCCCUUUAUAUCGUUGUGUCAGAUUCCAGAAAAAACAUGAAUGGGUCAACACAUGUUACCGUUGUGUCACUGACAACACAGAUCCUGAGACCAAUGACUGUCUGUAUGGAUACUAAUAGUGUCCACUGUCUGCAUGAAUACUAAUAGUGUCC